UCUGUCAUUAAAAGUUAGACACACUCUCUCUUCAGGACAGUUUUGAACAAAUGCUGAGAGACAAAGGACUUUAUAUGUGUCACGGUAGUGAAAGAGGAUAUUUCCACUUUAAAAGGCUAUAACAAAGCACACACUGGCCCGCGUCGCCCUGUUUUUGAGUGUUUUUGGACUGUGCUCACUGCUUAUCAUCCACAUCUCAGGGUGCAUGAGAUGGAAAACGGCGCACCAGAGAUACACGAUGACGUCGAGGCGCUGUGGGAAAGCGUGGAAUGUAAACGCUAUGAAAUUUGCCGCAUCAUCACUCCGGCCAAGCUCACGCCUUACCUCCGCCAGUGCAAAGUGCUGGAUGAGCAGGAUGAGGACGAGAUCCUCAACUCCCCGCUUCUGAUCUCCAAAGCUAACCGCACAAGUCGGCUUCUUGACAUCCUCCACUCACAGGGGGAGCGAGGAUGUGUAGUGCUUCUGGAGAGCUUGGAGUUUUACUAUCCGGAACUCUACAAAAAGGUCACGGGGAAGAAUCCAACGCGUCGCUUCUCCACCAUCGUUGUGGAGGAGGGUCACGAAGGUCUGACCCAGUUUCUAAUGAACGAGGUGUUGAAGCUGCAGAAGCAGUCCAAGGUUAAGACCCUGCAGCAAGAGGAGCUCAGCAAGAAGAACUUCACCCUGGAGGAUGAGCAGAAGAAGCUACGACUUGCAAACCAGGAACUUCAGACCUUACAACAGAGGCACAACAAGAUGAAGGAGGAGAAAAACUCCUACAGCGAUGAGCUGCAUAGAGUCAAAGAUGAGAACUACAAACUGGCCAUGAGGUACGCCGCGCUGAGCGAGGAGAAGAACAUGGCGGUGAUGAGGAGUAGAGACCUGCAGCUGGAGAUUGACCAGCUAAAGCAUCGGCUAAACAAGAUGGAUGAAGAGUGCAAGAUGGAGCGGAAGCAAAGUCUCAAACUAAAGAACGACAUCGAGAAUCGGCCCAAGAGGGAGCAGAUCUUUGAGCUCGAGCGGGAGAAUGAGACCCUCAAGAUCAAGAUACAAGAGCUCCAAUCCAUCAUCCAGCCCGGACCUGUGUCUGCAUCGGACAAAGACAUCCUCGACAUUUUAGAACACGACAGACAGGAAGCGAUCGAGGAUAGACAAGACCUGGUCAACCGCCUCUACAACCUCCACGAGGAAGUCAGACAAGCAGAGGAACUACGAGACAAGUACCUAGAGGAAAAAGAGGAUCUGGAGCUCAAGUGCUCCACACUGCAGAAAGACUGUGAGAUGUACCGCAACCGCAUGGACACCAUCAACAUGCAACUAAAGGAAGUGGAAAAAGAGAGAGACCAGGCCUUCAGGUCCAGAGACGAGGCCCAGCACCAGUUCUCACAGAGUCUGAUUGACAAAGACAAGUAUCGCAAGCAGAUUAGGGAAAUGGAGGAGAAGAGCGAUGAGCUCCAAAUCGAGAUGGUGCGGAAAGAAGCCAAGCUGGUUACGCUGGAAUCUCGCCUAAGGCGCCUCUCCAAGGACAUUGGUAGCCCAGCCUUGGAUCAGAACCUGCUAAGGGACUCAACCCCAACCACCUUCUGUCAAGGGGAGCUAAAACUUGCUCCGGGCCAAUCCGAAUGGUCCAGUGACGACUCCCCAGAUGACAGGAUACCUGAUGAGCCCCGCCUUAGACGGCGUCCCAAUUUGAAAGCAAACAGAUCCAAGAACGUGUUACCCAAAGAGCAUGCAGUUAUUAUGGAGGCUUGUCAUCUUGCAGUAAACGGUGGAGAUCUUCCGGAGGUCAUGCCAACAAACGUGCUUGCCUGCAGUUCCCUGCCUCCUUCACCCAUCAUGCCCCCUAUGACUCCCACACAUUCCCCUGGCCUGGGUCCCCCCCUCACAUUGUACUCCUUACCACUACAUCAUCACUCCAUGAGGGAACAGGCCACCAGGCCAAAUAUGCUGCGUUACCGUAACGACAGCAUUUUGUCCACAAAACCUGAGCCCCCCGAGAAAGCAUCCCUGUACCGCAGAGAGAGGGAGAAAGACAACGACUUCCAGCCCCGCAGCCUCUCAGACUUUGACAGCGACACAAUGGAAAUAGAAUUUGAUGAAGUGAAGCGCGGCCCACCUUCUGUCCACUCGUCUUCCUCAUCCCAUCAGUCAGAAGGCAUGGACAUUUACGACAUGGAGCAGUUUACCAACAUCUUCAGGAAACUUUCUCUGGAUAGGCCGUUUCGUACGUCUCUGUCCUCUGUGUCCGGUACCGCCUCGACCCUGAAGCCUGUUCAGGAGUUCACGUUGAUAAGUGACCACUUACUGAAGGACAUCACUCUUGUCGGUGGCAACGAAAUCGGGAUUUUCAUCUCAUCCGUCCAGCCGGGCUCUGUGGCUGAAAAGAUCGGGUUACGAGAGGGUCACCACCUCUUGUUGCUUGAAGGGCGCGUCCGAGGAGAGAACCAAAGCAUUUCACUGGAAACCAGCACCCAGGAGGAAGCCUAUUGGAUACUGCAACACUGCUCUGGACUAAUCAGGCUUCACUAUCGGGCCAACUUUGACGCAUACCGCCGCCUACAGAGGGACCUUGCAGAAGGCACGCGGGUUUCUGGCGACUCCUUCUACAUACGCGUGAACCUCAACAUCUGCAGCCAGUCGGACAACUGCUCUCUGAGUGUGCGGUGCGAUGAGGUGAUGCAUGUUCUGGACACAAGGCACCAGGGCCUGUGCAUGUGGCUGUGUGCCCGCGUUGACCCCUACACCUGCUGUGACCUGCAAGAGAGUGGGACUCUGCCUUGCAAUUCACGGGCUCAGCAGCUGCUCCUAGUCAAGAUACAGAAAUUGAUGUGUCGAGGGGGGAAAGAAGAGAAUGAAAUUCAACGCAACGUAAGGAAUAACCUGCAGCAGGAGGAACCAGGUCCCUCUACGGACUCCAAAGCCAGCCCACGUAUAUCAAGAGCCAGCAUCUUCCUCACACAGAUCAUGCAGCAGUUUGUCAGCAGGACAGACAAUAAAUACAAGCGGAUGAACAGCAGUGAGCGCGUGAGGAUCAUAACUGCGGGCGGCACAACAAGACAAGGCUUAGACACUCUCAAACCUAAAGACACCACCGAUCCAGAUGGGGACAUGAGCAGAAGUUUGAACCUGACCCCUUACAGUCAUGUGACCCCACAACGGAGUCAGGGGAGAAGACCAGUCCUCUUCACCCCCACUGCCUUAGCCAAAACACUUUCGCAGAAAUUAGUCAACAUGGGGGGUGCCAUGGACUUCUGCAUCUGCAAACCAGACAUUUUGUCCAAAGAGGAGUUUAAUCAGAAAAAGAGCGUGGAUUCUUUGGCUUACUUCAAAGAAAAUCGUGCCUCCUUUGAGUGCAUCACCAGGGAGAACAUAGAAGCCAUCGCCGCAAAGGGCAAACACUGUCUGCUGGAGGCAGAACUCAGCUGUGUCAACAACCUUUUGAGGAGAGAAAUUUACCCAAUCAUCAUCAAUGUGAAGAUUUGUGAAAAGAAUGUCAAGAAGCUACGGAAGUUGCCGCUGCGGGUGGAAUCCGAGGAUGAGUUUCUGAGGUCGUGCAGGGCAAAAGAGAAGGAGCUGGAGGGCAUUCCCUGCCUCUAUGCCAGCCUGGAGCCGGACACCUGGACGGGGACGGACGACCUCAUCAGGGUUGUCAAGGAGCAAAUAUUUAAGGAGCAGAACAAGACGGUCUGGGUGGAGCAGGAUCUCCUGUAGACACACUUUUACCCUGCUCACUCUGGACAGUACAUUACAAAUAGGCGUGUAAUUGAACCACAGUUCUUUAGAAAUAUAUAUGUAUAUGCCAUGUAUAUAAUGCUCAAAUAAUAAAUACAUUAUAUGUUUUGUACAUUGAGAUGUUUUAUUGUGCUGAACAAAUAAACAUUAUUUUGGAAA